AUGUCGUCGCUACCCACGCCAGGGUUCACGAGCCCUCCCACAUCCGAUGACGAUCUGCUCGACAUUCCCAUCGCCCACCCACAUGCGCGAAACAGCACACUUCACGUGGGAACCCCAGAUGACGCACACUCACGUACACACAGCGCACACGUACGCAAACGUAAGCAGAAACUGGUUGUGUUUGAGGAUGAAAUGGAAGGCUCUGAUGCACAGGCAAGUAGUAUGACCAGUAGCAUACGGAGGCUGUCGGUCAAUAGUGCAGAAAUUGUGUUGCAAGUAGACCCAUUCAUGCAGGGAGGUGCACCCCUUAGAAGGACGCAUUCGAAUGAGAGGCCGAAGGUGGUCGAGAAAUACGUAGCUAUACAGAGUUUGAGAUCACCCACCGUACUCAGCGCCCAAGCGCUUGUGAGGAGCAACGAGGGGGAAUACGGGAGAAUGCUGGAGAAUCCUGUUACCAUGGAGAGUGUAGUUUUCGAAAAUGUUCUGCAUGCCCAUAAGGACGACGAGGAUGAUGCGUGGGAACAGCACGAAACCGAGGAACCCAGCAUUAACAUGGAAGAUCAGUCCAUCUUACAGGAGGUCUUCUAUUUCGACUACGGUGUCGUAGUGAUGUGGGGGCUGAAUUCUGAACAGCAAAGGGCGGAGCUAGAUAUGCUUCAUGCCUUCCAGUCGGACAGCCUGGACAAAGACUCUCAGAAUGCACUUGCAUUUGAUAUUGUGGUCGAUCCCAAGGUUGCUCAGCGCGUUGCUGAUGGCGUGAUAUUCAUGCACGAUAUGGAGGUACAUUUGCACCGUGCGUCUGUGUGUCUGUGUGCCUGUAUGUUUUUGUGUGUGUGA